CUUGUCCGACAGGAUGAUACCACUCUUUCUCUAACUCAGCAGCCGAGCCUUUGGAACGCCUACACCGCCUUGAGCAACUCGCCCAACCCGUGCCCUAUGAUACCCAUCGUCACGCGCCACGAAAAUGGUGGGCUCAAGCUAGCUGGUAUAAUACCAACACACCAGAUAGAAGGUGAAAUUCUGUCGGCUAUGAAAGCCGUGAUUCCAAACGGAGUAUCAGUGCUGGACAAUACGAUCAUUUCAGAGAAUAGCCAGAUGCUGUCUCAGCAGCAGCUCGCUGUGCUAGAUGAGAGCACCCCGAUCGGUCGAGCAGUGGACUGGAACCCUCUAACUGUAACCCAUACGAUGCCAACAGCUCGAGUGCAGUACUUAUUCACGAUGCUGCGUUUACAUUGCCUUUUUGUAUUGGACGGAACAACGCACGUCUUGUUGGGAGUAGUCACGAAGGCUUCCUUUGACAUUUCUCGAGAGCUACUCCCACCCACCGAGUUGAACAGUAGGUCUUCCGUAAAGGAUCCAACAGAAGAUGACAAGACUAACCUCGAGCUUUCUGAGCUUCGGAGACGUUCCCUUGGCAAUGUUGUAGACGAUGUGCCGUCUACCUCCCCUCCCCACUACGAUGAGGAAAUUGACAGCACUAUCGGUUCUAUAUGAUGGUCUUUUUGCUAUCUCGUUCGUCCAGGAUGAACAAGAAGAUUGAAAGAUAACGAUAAAGUUCGCUGACAGUCUAAAAUGGCAAGUUUUGGUCAGUGUCGCUCCCUUUGCAGUACUGUCCUCAAGUGAGCGGCUAUUGUGAACUUCUUACACCUUUCUGAGUUCUUAUAUCUGCUCCUAUUGCAAAGACGCAUGAGUGGUUCGUUGACUCGUA